AUGAGCUUUUGUCGUCGCUCUGGAACAGUCUUGCACUUCAAAGCUUAUCUUGUUUUAAUCCUUGGUCUUGUUUCUAUGGUAUAUGCUGCGGCUUUACCGGUUACUCACUCAGGAGUUCAGCUAGUCCACAGAGCUGUACGGAAAGCUGAAGUCAAAUUCCGGCGUGGAGAUCACCACGAACUUCCUUCUGGCAUCGGAGAACCCUCCAGCAAUCCUGGGCAGAUCGAGUCCACUAUCACAGAUGCAAUACACAAACGUUUUGGUUCCUCGGUGCCAGUCACUUUCGUUAAACAUGGAGAAACUCCGGAUUGGGCCAACGGAAAGAUGGCUUUCGAUAUUAGUUGGAGCGAUAAUAGCUAUACUAGCUUACAUCAAACUGGAGGCUACGUUCAGAAGGUACAAGAAGCCGGUACUUAUCAUUUAGUGGUCAACUUGGACCCGACAUCAAGAGUUCGACCCGGAACAAUCACGGCGCCAAAUAUGGAAAAAGAUGAAUUUCCAACCCUCGAUCCAAAAACUGGAAAGGUUAUCAUUAAGAAAAUCCCAUAA